UCAUCACAUCAGAUAAAUGUCAUUUAAGUUGUAUUUUUAUAUCAAAGUUUUGCAAUAUUUCGGCUUAGGUCUCCUUUUAUCUCAAUCCAAGAAGCGCCUGAAAAAAAUUGAACAUAAAAUAAUAUUGCCUUUUAGAAGCUCCAGCGUGUUUCUUUGAAGCAGACCGUCGUUCAGGUUCAGUCCCAUCUAAGCUCUAACACGUGGAAGACAUGGCCGCUCCUAUCCCGAAUGUGUCAGAAUCCUUUAAAGGAAUUGUCAAGCAGGUGCUGUCUGGAGAUUCUGUUAUUGUGAGAGGACAGCCUAAGGGUGGACCUCCACCUGAGCGCCAAAUUAACUUCUCCAAUGUUUCUGCACCAAGAUUGGCUCGGAGGGGAACAACAAACAACCCUGAGACAGCAGACGAGCCAUAUGCCUGGGAGGCGCGAGAGUUCUUACGCAAGAAGGUCAUUGGAAAAGAAGUCAUCUUCACUAUUGACCCCAAGAGCAAGACAUUGCCCAGAGAGUAUGGCUGCAUUUAUCUUGGCAAAGACGUGGCCACAGGGGAGAACAUCACAGAGCUCAUGGUGGCAGAAGGCUGGCUAGCUGUGCGCCGGGAGAGCAUCCGAGGAGAGAGCAAUCUCGCCAACCUUGAAGAUCUGGCAAAAAGUCAAGCUAAGGGCCGGUGGGCAGGCAACGACUCAGAGCACGUACGCAACAUCAAGUGGACAGUUGACAACACGCGCGCCCUGGUUGACAAGUUCAACAACAAGCCCGUGCCUGCCAUCAUAGAGCACGUCAGGGAUGGUUCUACAGUCAGAGCCUUCCUCCUGCCUGACUUCUACCACGUCACUCUCAUGAUCUCCGGCAUCAGGUGUCCAAACGUUCGCUCGGAUGGCGCUCGGCCAGGCGCCGGCAGCGCUGAAGCGUAUGGCGAAGAGGCAAAAUAUUUUGUUGAGAGCCGCCUGCUGCAGCGCGACAUCAAGAUUGUGCUCGAGACGGCCAAUAACAAUAAUGUUGUUGGCUCCAUCAUUCAUCCGUCCGGGAACAUUGCUGAAGCGCUCUUAAAGGAAGGGUUCGCCAAAUGCGUGGACUGGUCCAUGACGACCGUGACGGGCGGACCUGAGAAGCUGAGGGCAGCCGAGAGAAUAGCCAAGCAGAAGAAGCUGAGGCUUUGGGUUGACUACAAACCCGCGGGUGGCCAAGUGGCUGACAAGGACAGAGAGUUCACUGGACGCGUCAUCGAAAUCAUCAAUGGCGAUGCGCUUGUCAUUCUUAAGAACGACAACACCACAAAGAAGAUAUUUCUGUCCAGCAUUAGACCGCCGAGGCUCGAAGAAAAAGAACAAAAGGCUCAGUCUGGAAAAGUUUUCCGUCCAUUGUUUGACAUUCCGUGGCUAUAUGAAGCCCGCGAAUUCCUUCGCACGAAACUCAUAGGACAAAAAGUCACUGUAAUUGUUGACUACAUCCAGCCUGCACAGAACAACUACCCUGAAAAGACUUGCUGCACGGUCAAAAUCAACGAUAUUAACGUUGCAGAAGCCAUGGUGAGCAAAGGUCUUGCUACAGUUGUACGGUAUAGACAAGACGACGAUCAACGCGCCACUUGCUACGACGACCUCCUUGCUGCCGAGGCUAAGGCCAUCAAGGGCAGCAAAGGCCUGCAUGACAAGAAGGAGAACGCACCAUCACACAGAUUCAACGACGUCUCAGACCCCACCAAGGCCAAAACUUACUUGACUUCCUUGAAGCGCGUGGGACGCAUCGAUGCUGUGCCUGAGUUCGUAGCCUCGGGCUCUCGCCUUCGUGUUUACAUUCCGCGUCAGACGUGCCUCGUGACGCUGCUUCUGGCAGGCAUCACGUGCCCCAGAGCUGCGAGGAUGGCUCCCGGUGGCGUCGGAGGGAACUUGGAAGCCGAGCCUUUCGGCAAGGAGGCUCUUGAUUUCACAAGGGGCCUCGUAUUACAGCGCGAGGUGGAGGUUGAAAUUGAAUCGAUGGAUAAAGGUGGUAAUUUCAUAGGUUGGCUCUUCUUCGAAGGCAAGAACCUGUCGGUUGAGCUCGUUGAACGCGGUUAUAGCUCUAUGCACGUCACAGCCGAAGCUUCCAUGUAUUACAGUCAGCUGGUCGCUGCCGAGGUCAAGGCGAAACAGGCUAAACUAAACAUUUGGCGGAACUACAAACCUGAGGAACACAUACAGGAACACCACGAAGAAGAUGAUAAAGGCGAACGCAAGAUCGAUUUUCGCCCAAUGGUAAUCACGGAAAUCACAAACGAAGGCAAGAUCUAUGGACAAAAACUUUCAGAUGGACCCUCACUGGACAAACUUUCUGAGGCUCUUCAACAAGCCUUCGCUUCAAACCCACCUGUCACUGGAGCCUAUAAUCCCAAAAGAGGUGACCUGUGCGCAGCGAAGUUCGUGGACAACAUGUGGUACCGAGCGAAGGUUGAGAAGGUCGCCGGCGGCAAGGUGCACGUUUACUACGUAGACUACGGCAACCGGCAGGUGACAACGCCCACUCGCUGCACGCAGCUCCCUCACGGUCUGGAGAAACAGCCCUACUAUGCCAAGGAGAUGCAGCUCGCUCUCAUCAAACUCUACGAAGAGGAGGAUUAUGUGUCAGCAGCUCUGGACCAGUUGAGGCUGGAGACGGAGGACCAGGUGCUGGUCAACUGUGAGUACCGAAAGUCUGGCUGCGAGUACGUGACGAUGCAGCGAACUGACAAGACGGAUAUUGCCAAGAAGCUCCUCGCUGCAGGCGUCGUCGUUCUCGAGAAGCGCUCCGUGAGGAAACUCGAGAAACUCUACGCCGAGUACGCGGCAGCUCAGGACGAGGCUAAGAAGAAGCAUCUGUGCAUCUGGCAGUACGGCGAUGUGACUGAUGACGAUGCUCAUGAGUUCGGCGCGUAGACGAUGCUCAUGAGUUCGGCGCGUAGACGAUACUCAUGAGUUCGGCGCGUAGCUUUGCAUGAGCUACAACACAACUGACGUCCUGACACUUGUUGCUGUCACGUGCUGAGUGCUGACGUGGCUCACUGCGCGCUUGCUUGUCUGGCUGAUACUUCUUAUGAGUAACGUGGUAAUGUUUUUGUUCAUGAGAACACGACGCGAUUUUCUAUCCCAGUAUCAAAGUAAUUUUUGCCAAUUGUGUCGUUUAUGUACGAGUGGACGCCACACUAGGCUCGGCAAAUUAUGUUCAAAAUUUCAAAGAUUUAUGAGAUAAAGAAGUAUCAAUUCUUGCUGGUGAGCAGUGUGAUGAGUGCAGGACUGGUAAUCCAUGGUUAUUACGGGAGCUGGAUUGAGGAAUAUGAAAUGGGCAGACGUCGCGACACAUGACGCGACAUUGUGACUCUUGACGUAAUAUUUUGUGAGGUUACGCGUUUACAGUAAAAAAAUAGUGAAUAAUUUACAGGGGAUAAUUCAGUUGUCAGUGCGUAAAUAUGUUGCUAGGUGACAGGUUUACGAGUCUCGGUUAUUGUCCAGAUUUAACAGAAUCGCAUCCAGGUAUUGUUGGUUUUUUUAACGUGUUUUUGUACUCGCAAUUUUUCAUCAUAAGUUAUACAUUGAUAUUCAUUCAGUAAUUUAAUGUGUUGUGAGAUACUAUACAGUGGAGCAGCCCGUGUUCUUGUACCAAUUAUUACUAAUAUGCGUACGUGUGUUUGUUUUUAUAUAUUUAAGAGUCGGUUCUUACUGCGGCCGCCAUGUUUACCAUGUUAGGCACCAGAUAGAAGUGUUGAUGACGCAGCCGAUAUUCCAGCAAGAACACGAGACUCGAAGGUUAAUUUAUUGCUUCCUUCUACCAUAACGAAAGUAUGGGAGGCGACAUGCUGGUGCCCGCUAGACGGCUGCACUUAUUGAACUUGCUGAAGUAUGAGCAUGAAAACCUUUAUUGUAUGGGCGUCCUAUGACCGACGGCUUAGAAUUAUGUUGCCAUUUGAAAUGCCUCUUCAGUAAAGUCAGCAUGACGUC